AUGCUGAUUUGUAUAGCUCUUUUAAGAAUUUCGGCUGUAAAUGAUAUGUGUAUAAUACACAUGGAUUCCCAUUAUUGGGAGCCUAUAAAAACAGAAUCUAGCAUUUACGGUCAUGUAGCCAGACUAAAUUUCGUGUGUUGGCUCAGUAUUUUCGGAAACUUUGAAUCUGUUCCUUCAGGAACAUACAAAAUUCAAUGGAGAAUACGCGUCACUAAAUCUAUUAUAAAUCAUGGCAUGUUUAAAUUCAGAGUUUCUUUAAAGUCGUUUCCUGAAGAAUCUCCCGUAACUGAUGAGACACGUUUGAUGCCUAGAAAGUUUUACACCGAUCCUUCGAUAGUUCGUCGUGGUUGGCUAGUCCUUACCAUACCAGGAACAAUUGGUAUAGACAAGAAGCUCGGGUUUUCAAAGGUUUACAUUGUACACAAUGAUAUAAGCUCAUCAUGGAAAAGUGGCCUGGAAAUUGAUUGGGCUCGGCUUGUUCCCGUAUCUCAUGCAAAAGAUUAUGAUGACGCCAAGCUGUACGUCAAAAUGAACCAGGACAACCACAUGUAUUCUGUGCACAAGGAUUCAGAUCUUGGAAAUAUCUACAAAGAAUUUUGA